AAGCCGUCGGACGUCACGCGAACGACCGCGACGCGACCCGACCCCGCCCGCCACGCGGCGACGGGCCAGGCGACACUUGGCUCUGCCGCCCCGCCUCGACCGGAAACGGCCGCUCCCCACCUGAACCCCGACGCUCCUCCGCCCCGCACCCCACUCAACCCCGCGGCCCUCGCUCGCUCGACUCCCUCCUCCUUCACCUCCCGGGGCGCAUUAACACCUUCCUAAUCAGUUUCCCCUUCGCAUCCCCGCUCCAAUCCGCGCCGCGUUCCAAUCCAUUUCCGCCCCCUCCAAUCAUCCCCAAACCCUACCCGCCGCCGCGCCGCCGCGCCGCCCACCGCCCGCCGCGCGGGGGCAGGGAGGCAGGGAGGAGGAGAAGAUGGGCCGGUGGGGGAUGAAGCUCGGCGACAUGGCCGAGUUCCAGUGCUUCGUCUGCAAGGACGCCGGCGACGUCCGCGUCUGCGACGCCAGGAACUGCCUCAAGAGCUACCACCCGGGCUGCGUGGGGAAGGAGGACGACUUCAUUGAUUCCAGCGAGCAACACGUCUGUGAUUGGCAUAAAUGUUCUAAUUGUGGAAGUGAUGCACUCUAUUUAUGCUUGUGCUGUCCAAGUUCCUCUGCUUGUGGAGACUGCUUUGGAAAAGUUGAUUUUGUCCCAGUGAAGCAGAGCAACGAACUCAACAUGGGAUUCUGCCGCAGCUGUUUUAAUAUGGCAAUAGUGACUGAGAAAGAUGAUGCUGAAGAGGCAAAGGUUGUUUUCGAAGGUACCCCGGAGCACUAUCAAAUAUUGUUUAAAGAUUACUGGACAAUACUUAAUGACAAGGAGUGUUUUACAUUGCUCGACUUGCAACUAGCAAGUAUUCGUCAUAAAAGAAGCCUACAGUGUAAAGAAGGGAAGGAUUCAGAUGAGUAUCACAAGACAGAUGGAAAGCCAUUGGGUGACAAUGAUGGUGCUGGGCCAUCAUCUCUUCUUGACACAAUGGACAAACCAAAUGAAGUGCAAGCAACUUUGAAGAGAAAGAAACUGGAGAAGAGAACAUAUGUUGGGUGGGGUUCAAAAGAGCUAACAGAAUUCCUAUCAUGUAUUGGUAAGAAUGCAAGCACGCCUCUUGACCAUUUCAAAGUUGCUGAAGUUGUCAGGGACUAUGUUCGACAGAACAAUCUUCUAGAUGGUAAGAAGAAGAAAUCUGUCACGUGUGAUGAGAACCUGCAUUCUUUAUUUAACAAAAGGAAAUUUAAGUACAACAUGAUCCAUAGCUUGGUGGAAACGCAUCUUUCCGCAAAUGCGAUUUCAGAGGAUGAAAGUGAUGGAUCUGUGGAUGAUAAUGGUUACACGGUGAAAAAGAAGCCUCGGAAUAGUUUGGAGCCAAAAAUUCCUAAGAGUGUUUCAGGAAUAGACCCAAUAAUUCCUAAGAGUGUUUCAGGAAUAAACAAGAAAUGUCUUGCCGCUCUCAAUCCGAAUAACCUGAAUCUGAUUUAUCUGAGAAGAACUUUAGUUGUAAAACUUCUGACUGAGCUAGACACAUUUGAACAGAAAGUUAUUGGCUGUUUGGUCAGAGUGAAGAAUGAUCUCAAGAGUUAUACUUAUAUGAUGACUAAGAAAUAUUACCAGAUUGGACUAGUUACAGGCAUUAAGAAAUCUUCAGAAGAAUACAAGAUUAAGGAUACAUGUACAGAUGUUCUUUUAUGUGUUUCCGGCAUGUGGGAUGAUGUCAAGAUCUCAAUGCUAUCAGAAGAGGACUUUGAGGAGGAUGAGUGCAAUGAUCUUCUUCUGUUGGCCAAGAAAGAGCUCUUCAAAAGACCUACUGUUGCUGAGUUAGAGGAAAAAGAGGCAACUGUACAUGCAGACAUUGUAAAUCAUUGGUUUGAUAAGGAGCUUCGAAAAUUGGAAAUGGAGUUGGAACGAGCGCGUGAGAAGGGGUGGCGCCAGGAUAUCCAUGACCUAAGUUGUAAAAAAGUGCUUCUAAGCACACCAGACGAAAGACAGCGCCGUCUUGAGGCGAUCCCAGAAGUUAUUCCAGAUGCUGAAGAGGAGAGUAAAGAAAUUGGGAUUGAAUCAGCAGCGAGCAUUCCUUUUCAAGGGAAUCGAGCAGACGAAAGACAGCGACGUCUUGAGGCGAUCCCCGAAGUUAUUCCAGAUGCAGAAGAAAAGUAUGAAGAAACUGAGAUUGAUUCAGCAGCAAGGAACCCUUUUCAAGGGAAUCGAGGUGUGACACAGACAGUAGCUGACCCUUUGGAAGUUGGUAUAGAUGAAUCGCUAGAAGGUGCAUCUCUGCGAGAUGACGCUGCUUGUGAAAUUGCUUUUGAAGCUGCCGGCAAAGCCCUCCCUAAUGGUAGCACUCCUGGUCCUGGAUUGCACACUCCAUUGAACACAGUUACUGGAGUCAUUGAUAUCGACAACGAGGAGGAUGGAAAUGGUCCUAGUCAUCACAAUGGUGGUGACGAACAAGACAUCAUCGAUCUGGUCAGUGAUGACGAUGAGGAUGUUCACAUGGAGCAGUGUGAGCCAGAACGGGCAAGAUGUGAUGGACCAGAAACCGUCAAUGGGAUCGCUGCGCAUGCACAUAAUGGACCUGAAGCCGUCAAUGGGGUCACCAUACCUACAGUCCGUGCUUCCGAUGAUCGGGAUGGAAAUACGGGGCCUGUAUGCAGUACGUCACAAGCCAUGGCGCGUGAUCCCGUAACCGUGAAUGGGACAAGCAAGUCAGAUCAAGGGUGGCUGUACAGGGAUCUUCAGGGGCGAGAGCAUGGGCCAUACCCAAUGGCUCAAAUGCGGGAGUGGCAGCAAAGUGGGUACUUCCCUGAGGGCUUCCGCGUGUGGAGAGCAGGGAAAUCAAGGCGGGGGAGAGGCUCCAUCUUGCUGAUAGAUGCCAUGCGGCUGCACUAGUGCAGUGGCAUCUUUGCGUUGCAUUCUGCUUGGAAAGCCUUGGGGAGUACAAUUUUGUUCGUUGCUUUGCUCAACUGUAAGUCUGUAACUGAGCCGGGCACCAUUAUAGUUGAUAUGUUAUUGUGAAUAUUUGGUUUGGGUAGGAGAUGGUCCAGAGUGGAAAACUCUCUUGUUGUACAGCCAACUCCUUGCUCCUCUCCAUUCCAGCAAGAUAGUCAUUUUUAGCAGAUUCUGAUGCAGUUAAUUCCCAUAGCAUUGAAAUUCAGAUUUGUUGUGUUGUCAGUGUAGAUUGGAUCCUGACAGCAAUAGUUUGGGCCUAUUUGAUUCAUGCCCGUACUUUGUUGAAUAAAAGCUGGUAAACUUUUGACUUUUCA